AUGGACAUCCCGCAGCUUUGUGGAGUCCUGCAGGGUGCCUUGAGUUCGGAGGAAAGUCAGCGAAAGGCUGCUGAGGCGCUGCUGUUGCAGCAUGAGGGCGACCAGGGGCAGGUGGUGAGCCUUUUGCGCAUCGCGGCAGAGCCGAGCGUGGACCUGGGCAUCCGCCACAUUGCGGCGAUCACCUUCAAGAACACAGUCAAGCGGCACUGGGACCCAGAGAAAGAUGGAAAAUACUCCCCGCUGGCUGAGGAGGACAAGAGGGUGGUGCGAGAGAAUAUGCUGGAGGCACUGCUGUGGGCGCCGCCGCUGGUGCAGUCUCAGAUGGCGGAGGUGUUCAAAUCUCUCGUGUACAGUGAUUACCCUGACAAUUGGCCGGGGUUGCUGGAGGCCGUUUACGGCCACCUCACCAGCCAGGACGAGCUGCGUGUCCAUGGUGCACUCAUGGCGCUGCGCCUGAUGGCCCGCAAGUACGAGUUCAGAGAUGAGGAGGAGCGCGGCCCCCUGGUGCACAUCAUCAACACCACCUUCCCUGCGCUGCUGCCCAUUCUCCACGGCGUGCUGGCCAACCCUGCAGCCGGCGCGGCUGUGGGGCUGACGGCGGCGCACUACACCAAGCUCGUGCUCAAGAUUUUCUGGAGCUGUACCUUUAUGGGCAUCCCUGACGCGCUGCUGCGCGAAGACCAGUUCAGGGGCUGGAUCGCCGGGCUGCACGACAUCCUGCGGCGGCCACUGCCUCUGGACCAGGCCCCGGCUGACCCCGAGGACCGCGCCAAGUGGGUGUGGGUCAAGGCUCAGAAGUGGGCGCUGCAUGUCGCGUACCGCCUGUUCACGCGCUACGCCAACCCGGGGCGAUGCGACAAAGGCAACGACACGGAGUUUGCCAAGCGCUUUGCGGCCGAGGCGUCCCUGCAGCUGCUGGAGGACGUGCUGGCGCUGCUGCACCCCUUGGCCUCAGGCGGCUGGAUGGCGCCGCGCUGCGCCAACCUCUCGCUGCAGUUCGUCACGGCCGCGGUCGAGGAGAGCGCCCCGUACAAGGCGCUCAAGCCGCACGUGGACGGCCUGCUGCUGCACGUGGCGCUGCCCCUGCUGGCCUUCAACGACGAGGACGCGGCGCUGUGGGCAGACGACCCCGCGGAGUUUGUGCGCAAGGGCUAUGACAUCCUGGAGGACAUGUACAGCCCCCGCACCGCCGCCCAGAACCUGCUGGUCAACAUAUCACAGAAGAAGCGCAAGGCCCACCUGCCGCAGCUCAUGGCCCACAUCGCCGGCGUGCUCGCCGCUCACGACGCCGCCGCGCGCGUGGGCGCCGUCCCGCUCGAUGUUGCGCGCCGCAUGGACGGCGCCCUGCUGGCGAUCGGCACGUGCGCCGACACGCUCAAGCACAAGGCCCCCUACAAGGCCAACGUCGAGGCCAUGCUCGUCCAGUUUGUGGCGCCCUGCUUCGACUCGCCCCACGGCCACCUGCGCGCCAAGGCCUGCUGGGUCGCCAAGGAGUUUGCGGACUUCCCGUUCUCCGGCGGCGCCGGCGACGCCGGCAGGGGCCCGCAGUUCUGCGGCCUGUUCGAGCGCAUCAUGCGCGCCCUGGGCGACCCCGACCUGCCGGUCCGCGUGGACGCGGUGGUCGCGCUGCGCGGCUUUGUGGACGAGCUGGCCGACCUGGACAUGCUGAAGCCCGUGCUGCCCGCACUGCUGGACAGCGUGUUUGGCUUGAUGGCGCAGAUCGACAACGAGGACCUGGUGUUCACGCUGGAGGGCAUCGUGGAGAAGUUUGGCAGCGACAUCGCGCCCUACGCGGCCAGCCUGGCGCAGAACCUGGCGGCGGCGUUCUGGAAGUAUGUGGAGGUGCAGGAGGAUGAGGGCGAGGAAGACGCGGACACGGCUGCUAUGGCUGCCUUUGGUUGCAUCCGCACCAUCAACGCGCUCCUGGACAGCAUCUCAACGCUCACUGACCUGCUGCCGUCCCUGGAGGAUGCCCUGUUCCCGAUCAUGUACGAAAUGACGUCAACACGCGGCCAGGACGUGUUUGAGGAGGUGAUGGACAUGGCCUCCUACUUCACAUACUUCAUGGACCCAAUCAGCCCCCGCAUGUGGACGCUGUGGCCGCGCAUUCACGGCUGCCUCUUGGAGUGGGCAGUGGACUAUUGGGACAACAUCCUGCCGCCGCUAGACAACCUCAUCAGCCGCGACACGGCCACCUUCCUUGGCAGCACCAGCCCCAACUUCCAGGAGUCGGUGUUCCAGAUGGUCACCCACUCCUUGACUGGCGAUUUCAGUGACAUCGACGUGGUGGCCGCCCCCAAACUAAUGGAGGUCGUCCUGGCCCACUGCCCUGGCGCCGUUGACCGCUGGGUGGAGCCCUACGUCACCCUCGCCUGGCAGCGCCUGCAGCGCGCCACGCGGCGGCCGCUGAAGGACCAGCUCGUCGUGCUCGUGGCUGUGGCGCUGCACUACAACGCCAGCCUCACGCUCGCGGCCCUGCACCGCAGCGGCGCAGCCACGCAGCUAAUGGCCGGCUGGUCGGAGAUGAUCGCGGCACGGCGCCCGAGCGGGCGCAAGCCAGCGCACUUCCGGCAGCAGCGGUUGAAGAAGCUGGCGUCUCUGGGGCUGGUGGCGCUGCUGCGUGCGCCGGACGACGCGCUGGGGGCGCCGCUGGUGGCGGGGCUGCCGCAGGUCCUGCGCGGCGCGCUGCAGCUGCUGGGCGACCUGCACGCGCAGCAGGGCGAGGCAGCAGCGGCUUUGGCGGAGGGCAGCGGCUCCGACGAAGAGGGCGACGGCGACGGCGAGGACGAGGAGGACAGCGAGGCCCCCCUUGAGGCCGAGGACGAUCAGUACCUGAAGAAGCUGCAGAGGGCAGCCCGCGACAUCCUGGGCGGCGGCGACGGGGGCGAAGAGGAUGAUGACGAUGGCGAGGACGACUGGAGCGACGAGGAGGAGGCAUGCAGCACACCGCUGGAGGAGCUGGAGCCGUACGGGCACCUCGUGGAGGCAGUUGCAGGGCUGCAGGUCGCCAUGCCAGCGCGCUUGUAA